UGCCACUGUUUAGAGAGAAAAUGAUGCAUUAUGGGGAAUCACACAAAAGGAGCGAAUGAGAUGAACUGUUUGGGUUAUAGAAUCUGAAAGGCUAAAUUAUUUUCUUGGAGACGUUCUAAAUGAGCCUGACCGAGAUACUGGAUCUGUGUGAAGAGGACUAAGGAUAUAGGAUGUCAACUGAGACAGAACUUCAAGUGGCUGUUAAAACCAGCACAAAGAAAGACUCCAAAAAGAAAGGUCAGGAUCGCAGCGAAGCCACUUUAAUAAAGAGGUUUAAGGGUGACGGUGUCCGAUACAAAGCAAAACUGAUUGGGAUCGAUGAGGUUUCUGCUGCCCGAGGAGACAAGUUAUGCCAAGACUCCAUGAUGAAGCUCAAGGGAAUUGUUGCUGCGGCUCGUUCGAAAGGAGAGCAUAAACAGAAAAUCUUCUUAACAGUCUCCUUUGGAGGAAUCAAAAUCUUUGAUGAAAAGACAGGGCUACUACAGCACCACCAUGCAGUUCAUGAAAUAUCAUACAUCGCAAAGGAUAUCACAGACCACCGAGCGUUUGGAUAUGUAUGUGGAAAGGAGGGAAAUCAUAGAUUUGUGGCAAUAAAAACGGCCCAGGCAGCUGAACCUGUAAUUCUGGACUUGCGAGAUCUGUUUCAGCUCAUCUAUGAACUGAAACAAAGGGAAGAAAUGGAAAAAAAGGCACAAAAGGACAAACAGUGUGAACAAGCGGUAUACCAGACAAUUUUGGAAGAAGAUGUAGAAGACCCUGUAUACCAGUACAUUGUGUUUGAGGCUGGACACGAGCCAAUCCGUGAGCCUGAAACAGAAGAAAACAUUUAUCAGGUUCCUACCAGCCAAAAGAAGGAAGGUGUUUAUGAUGUGCCAAAAAGUCAACCUGUAAGUCUGGAGAAUGGAAACUUAUUGCUGGACAUUGAUGAAAAUCUUGUUUCAGUCACUCAGGCUGUUACCCAACUAGAGCUUUUUGGGGACAUGUCCACUCCUCCUGAUGUAACCUCUCCCCCGACUCCUGCUACUCCAGGUGAUGCCUUUAUCCCAUCUUCAUCCCAGUCACUUCCUGCUAGUACAGACAUGUUUGGUUCUGUACCUUUCAGCACUGCUGCCGUACCCUCAGGUUAUGUUGCCAUGGGAGCUGUUCUGCCCUCGUUCUGGGGACAGCAACCACUUGUUCAACAGCAGUUGGCCAUGGGUGCUCAGCCUCCAGUUGCUCAGGUGAUGCAGGGAGGACAGCCGAUAGCGUGGGGCCAACCUGGUAUUUUUCCUCCUACUCAGCAACCAUGGCCAUCUGUAGCUGGUCAGUUCCAACCAACUGCCUUCAUGCCAACACAAACUGUUUUGCCUUUACAAGCAGCCAUGUUUCAAGGUACCAUUGCUCCUAUAGCUACUGUUCCACCCACAAGUGAUUCCAACAGAUCAAGUCCACAGACAGACAGGCCCAGACAGAAAAUGGGAAAAGAAAUGUUUAAAGAUUUCCAGAUGGCUCAGCCUCCACCAGUGCCAUCAAGAAAACCAGAUCAGCCUUCCCUCAGUUGUACCUCAGAGGCCUUCUCAAGUUACUUUAACAAAGUUGGGAUGGCACAGGAAGCAGAUGAUUGCGAUGACUUUGACAUCUCUCAAUUAAAUUUGACUCCUGUGACUUCCACGACACCAUCAACAAACUCACCUCCAACCCCUGCACCCAGACAAAGUUCUCCAUCAAAAUCAUCAGCAUCUCAUACCAGCGACCCUGCUGCAGAUGACCUCUUUGAAGAGGGAUUUGAAAGCCCAAGCAAAAGUGAGGAGCAGGAGGCUCCUGAUGGGUCUCAGGCCUCAUCCAACAGUGAUCCAUUUGGUGAGCCAACUGGUGAUACUAUAAGUCCACAGGAAGCAGAACCUCUCUACGCCCAGAUCAACAGACCUAAGAAAUAGCAUUGUUACAGGCUUGUGGUGCUCCGAGACUCAAAUGAAACCCACCAACCUGGCAGGCCUUUGGCUUUCAUGCUUUUUUCCGAUUGAUUUUGGCUGGCAAGGAUAGAUGAUUGCCCUCCUGGACUGGCUCUGCGAGUGUUCCUGAUGAUUUUUGGAAACCAAUGGCAGAUUCCUAUGGCAGCACAAAAUAAAAACUCCCUGCUUAUCAUACCAAGAGUCCAGCCGUGUCCCCACAAGUCAUGGGUAUCCAGACUAGGAAAUCUUGCUCCUCGGUCUUCUUUUCAACAUUUGUUAUCUUCUGUAUGCCACAUAUAAAUAACGAGCAUCUGAAAUUUACUGAGUA